GUAGACUGUCUGCAUACGCGUGCGAGGACGUUCCAUCGCAAAUUGCUGCAAAGAGCCUUUGUCUUCUCGCUUGCAGGCUAGGCACGCUUCCAGGGUUUGGCUAUGAGCUCAGGUCGAGGGCCGGCGCAGGCCCAGGCCGCCCGGGCGGCUGACAGGUUAUUGUGCCAAGUGCUCGAGGUGCUUUGGCGCGAACUGCCCGCACCCGACCGAGCAUCGCUGCGCCUGAGCUGCAAAUCGGGGCUAAGCCUCGCCGACCGGCAGAUCGACCGACUGUGGCUGGACCCAGGCUGGGUGCGGGCGCCCGAGGGCGCCGCUGACAGCCCCUGCUACAUGGAAUGGGCGUGUCCCCAGUCGGCCUUGCACCGACCGCCGGCAGUGCCUCGCGCUAAGCAGGCCCGCUAUGUGGCGGCGGCGGUGUCACGGGGCGCGCGGCCGCAUGAGCUGCGGCUGCGGCAGCGGCCCGGAGAGGAGAGCGCGGAGCUGGUCAAGUUCACGCUGCGCCUCUUCAAGGGCCUCAGCCGCCCCGGCCCUUCAGCUUCCGCGGCCGCGCCGUCCCUGACUCACCUCGGCCUGGAGGCGGUGCCGCUGAACGGCUCUGUGCUGGCCGCACUGACCGCCUGCACGCCGCAGCUCCUCAGCCUGCGUCUGCACGGCUACGACCUGCACCGGAAGAACGGCGUCGCCGGUCCCUUCGUGACGGUGGCUGAUGGGGCGGCGUCGGCAGCUGCGGCCGGAGCGGCUGGCGCUAGUGGCGGCAGCCGCCGACGCGGGCAGAGCAGCAACGCCGGAGCGGCUGGCGUGCCCGCGCUCCUCCGCCACGGUGCACCCUCCCUGCGUGAGCUGGCGCUGCAGUGCACCUACAACCCAGAUCAGCUGUCACAGCCGCUCGGGCUGUGCUCCCGCCUCGAGCGCUUUAGCAUGGAAUGGGCGAUCAGCGAGUGGGCCCGGCGGCCCAGCGAGUCUGAGCAUGCUGGAUUCUUGUCCCUCCUGGCCGGGCUUCCCUCGCUGCGGUCGCUGGAGCUGCGGUUGCCGCCGCCACCUCUCGGCAGUCACGGCCUGGCGCCGGAGCUUGAGCUGGAGCCGCCGGAUGGUAGCCUGCGCGGCCUGACGUGCCUGAAACUGAUUCACGCUUUUCCAGAGAUGAGGCCCAGCUUGGCGCGGUGGCUGGGGCCGCGGCCUCAGCUGGUGGUACUGCACCUCCUGCCCUGCGUGCUCGACCAGUCGCAGCUGCAAGUGAUCUCGGAAGUUGCCGGGCUGACGGAACUCGUGACUUGCAGCCUAAAGGUGGCACCGCCUGCAGCACAGCGGGAAGGCGGCGGGGCUGCAGGCAGCAGCGCGGCAACCUCACCGGCAGGGCCGCUGCUGCCGAGCAGCCUGCCGCUGCCGCCCAGGCUGCGGAGGCUGGGUCUGUGGCAUGUGACUGCAGCUGUGUUGAACGCGCUGGCGCUGCCGCCUAGCCUGGAGCAGGUGCACCUUCACGAGCUGCGGGCUAUAGAGUACUCGCAGCCAGCGCCGGGCAGCGACAAGGACCGCAUUGACGCAGUGGUGCUGGCUCUGGAGCUGCUGGCCAAAAGCGGGCAGUACGUGGGCGCGCUGACGGACCGGGAGAUGGGUGUGCGCGCGCGCGACUACCGCCGGCCCUUCAAGCUCAACAUGAACUGGACGGAGCCGCCCGCUGAGAUUGACUUCGAGUGGACGUCGGUGAUAGAGGUGCUGGCCCGGAUGCUGCGGUGCGGGGCACGGCCUCCGCAAGGCGCGCCCGCGCCGGCGGCGUGCCUGGGCCACCUGCAGCGGUUGCAUCUGUCUCUGCUGGCGGUGGACGACUAUGACCUUACGUCCAUACGAGAGAAGAUGCCGCAGCUGGAGCACCUGGAGCUGCAGUGUGUGCUGCUGCCCGACUUCACGUACGCCAUUGGGCCGCUCAAGCUCAUGCGCCAGCUGCGCACGCUGGUGCUGCACCCCGGCUUCGGCCGCACCUGGGCCGAAUGGCUCCAGGCGGCCGGCGGCGACAGCGAGUCGUUCCAGGCAGAGUUCAGCGACCUGCUGACGGGCUGCGAGCGCCUGACGCGGCUGCAGCUGCUGCUGAUGGACGUGUGUGUGUACGAAGACGACGACGCGGACGAUUCCUCAGCCUUUGACGAGGAUCAGGUGGAGGUUGCGGAUGAGCUGGCGGACGAGGUGCACGACAUGGUGUAUGCGAUGCGGCGGGACGUGGUGCCGCGGCUGCAGCAGGAGCCGGGGCCACGCCAAGGGGCGGAGAUCUGGGUGCAUGCAUUCGAGCAGGGGGAGGAGUUCUGGCGAAAGGAAGAGUCGUUUUGAGAGAGAAGAGGCGCUGCUUCGCUGUCACACGUUUUUAAGCCUUCACAGUUGCAUAUCUGCGGCUUAUCCGUCUUGUUGUCACGCUUUUUUGUGGCUCCAAAGGCGAUAACCCUUAUUGGUUAGGCUGUGGUCCGGGAAGCUCGGAGGGACGAUGGACCAUUGGUGCACGUUGAAUGAACUUGAGCACGGGGAUUCUGAUGCUGGAACGUCCAUUGGGGGAGCUGUGCGCUUUCGGUGGUACAUGGAGAACAGGGGGGACAGUCCGUGCAGAUGGGUGGGAGGGGACAGCUCGUGCCAGAUGGGUUGGGUAGGCACCGGUUCUUGACGCGGGAACCGGAAAAGGUAGACGAGGAUCGUUGCAGGGGAAGACUGGACUUGCGAAGGGCGCCCUGGGACUUGCUGUCCGCGGCAGAGAAGAGGGAGGGGUGAACAAGCGGCAAGUCAGCGGGAUUGUGUGUAUGGAAUUGAGGAAGAUGAACUAAAGUUGCGUAUUGAAUACGGCGGGCAUGAGGAGUAUCGCAUAUCUUGGGUUGCUCGGUCGGUUGGGGGGAGAAUUGAAAGAAGUGUCUGUGCCUUUCUGGGCCGGUGAGGCGUCGAACUAACGGAUCCCUGGAUGGGGAGUGCGCUGACAGGUUGGCCCGUCCCUUGUUGCGUUGCGUUGUUCUGUUGAUUGUUGUUUACGUCAAUGCAUGUAAACAGCAGUGUGG